UCUAAUCCAAACUUAUCAGACCGCAACACUUGCAUGCGCCCAUCACAUGGCCUUGUCCUGCGCCGACACGAUGACGCCCUUCCCGUCGUCUCGCCUAUAAAUCCAGCGAACGGCUCAGCUCAACAGCAUCACCUGAUCGCCACACGUAUCCACCACCAGCUGAGCACUGCAACAUCCAUAGCAGACAGCAGCACACGUUCUCCAAACCUCCAGCUGAAAAGCAAUACCCAGCCAGAACCAUGGCCGGCGCCAAGAGAUUUGCUCAGUUGGCCAAGAGGCUCACCGUGACGGCCAAGGAAGACCAAGGAUGCUGCACCUCUGCACCGGCUAAGGGCCGUUGCGUCAUGUACACGGCCGACGGGAGGCGCUUCGAGGUCCCGCUGCUGUACCUCGGCACAACGGUCUUUGGUGACCUCCUGAGGAUGUCCCAGGAGGAGUUUGGCUUCGCGAGUGAUGGCAAGAUCACGCUGCCCUGUAAUGCCGCGGUGAUGGAGUACAUCAUGUGCUUGCUGAGGAGGAAUGCCUCUGCCGAGGUCGAGAAGGCGGUGCUGAGCUCUAUGGUGACACCUUGCCACUACACUGGCUCUGUGAUGCCUACCGUUGGAGGCAUCUAAAUCAGGACGCUAGAAUGAUCAAAAACUUGUGAAUUAGUGAACCGGCCAGGUGGUACAGGGGCCAUUUUAGGAUGAACCAUCAGGAGAAUAUUUAGAAGCCAUCAAUACAAGAAGUAGGAUAAAAUUUACAAAAUGGAAGAGAAAGCAGGCUGUACUCCACGAAAAGAUUUAUUUUGGGGGGUAAAAGACACUGAUGUUUAACUGUUACUGAAUUACUGAAUGUUGUACCCACAAAACUUUACAGAAAGUGUCGACACAAGAUUUAGUAGAAGUCUGUUAUAUA